GCAACUUUUGCCUAUUUAAACACUUCCCGUAAUCCAAAAUAAGUACUACUUUAAACAUGUCUUUCUACACAUUCUACUACUGCUUUUUUCUCUUGUUGCUACUACAACAUCAAUUCUAUCAUGGAACAAGUGAGUUAGAAGUGAAGUAUUACUCAGCAACAUGCCCAAACGCUGAAGCUAUAAUAAAGGAAGAAGUGACAAAACUAUAUCAUGAGCAUGGAAAUACAGCCGUUUCAUGGAUUAGAAACCUGUUCCAUGAUUGCAUGGUUAAGUCAUGCGAUGCAUCAAUAUUAUUGGACGAGGAUCCAGCCGCCGGUGUAGAGUCUGAAAAAUCAUCCACCAGGAAUUUUGGGAUGAGAAACUUCAAGUAUAUAAACACAAUUAAGGAAGCUCUUGAGAAUGAAUGUCCAACAACAGUUUCUUGUGCCGAUAUUGUGGCUCUAUCUGCUCGAGAUGCUGUUCAACUGUUAGGAGGGCCAGAAAUAGAAAUGAGGACAGGACGAAAGGAUAGCCGGGAGAGUUACGCAGCAGUGGUUGAAGAAUUCGUUCCUAAUCACAAUGAUUCAAUCUCCCUCGUUUUAUCCCGUUUUCAAGCAAUUGGCGUCGACGUCGAAGGCACCGUUGCUCUUUUAGGAGCUCAUUCUGUUGGAAGAGUUCAUUGUGUAAACAUCGUAAAUCGACUCUACCCAUCUGUGGAUCCAACUCUAGACCCGGAUUAUGCUGAGUAUCUGAAGAGAAGAUGUCCAACACCAGACCCGGAUCCAAAAGCAGUGGAAUAUGCAAGGAAUGACUUAGAAACACCAAUGGUGUUAGACAAUAUGUUCUACAAGCACUUGUUGAACCACCAGGGGCUACUACUUGUUGACCAACAACUUGCCUCGGACCCGUCUACUUUACCAUAUGUUGAAAACAUGGCAGCUGAUAAUACAUAUUUUCAUCACCAGUUUGCUAGAGCUAUGAUUAUAAUGUCUGAAAACAAUCCUCUUAUGGGAGAACUAGGCGAGAUUCGUAAGGAUUGCGGCCGUUUGAAUGAUCACUAGGUUACUGUUAUUUUAUUAACUACUAGUACUAAGUAUAUACUGUAUGAAGGUACAGAAGCAUGAAACAUUGAAACACUUUUACAAGUUUAAAUUAAAUGAGGACUUACAUGCUUAAUUUCACUA